AUGGGAUCUCUAGCAGAGCAAAAAAUUCCUGUUAUAAAUUUUAAGGAAGAACAUUUGAAGCCUGGAUCUGAUUCAUGGAUUUCGGCGCUCAAACAAGUCCGAUACGGAUUCGAAGAGUAUGGCUGUUUGGAAAUUGUUUGUGACCAAUUUCCUUUUGAACUUCAUAACUCAAUAUUUGAUGCAGCUGAAGAUGUUUUUAAUCUUCCAAAAGAAACCAAAAUGCAGAAAACAAGUACUAGACCUGGCAAAAUUGGCUAUAUUGCAGGACUUCCUGAACUUCCUCUCUAUGAGUCUAUCGCACUUGAUAGUGCAACAACUCUAGAAGAAGUUGAAUAUUUUACUAAUAUUAUGUGGCCUGCAGGGAACAAUUCUUUCCGUGAUUCUGUGCACUCCUUCUCAAAGAGGAUAGAAGUACUUCACGAAAUGGUAACAAGAAUGGUGUUUGAGAACUAUGGUGUGGAGGGGCUUUUUAACUCGUUUUGGGAGAAAAGAUUUUACGUGUGCCGUUUCUUCAAAUACAAAGCACCUCAUCAGACCAAUGAGAGUGAAGUUGGAAUAGGUGCUCACACAGAUUCUACCUUCUUAUCCAUACUUCAUCAACAUCAAGUCAAAGGUCUGCAGAUCAAGACAAAGGAUGGUCAGUGGAUUGAUGUCAAACCCAAACCUUCAUCUCUUUUUGUCAUUGCAGGCGACGUACUCAAGGUAUGGAGUAACGACAGAGUUCGUUCUUGUGAGCAUCAAGUGAUGGUGUCAGAAGACAAAAUCAGGUAUUCCGCUGGAUUAUUUACAUUCAUCAAGGGGGUGAUGCAGGUUCCCGAGGAGCUGAUCGACGAUGAAUAUCCAUUACGUUAUAAACCAUUUGAUCAUGCUGAAUACAAUCGUUACUUACUGUCAGAAGAUAGAGAUAAAAACUGUCCUAUUAAUGCCUUCUGUGGUAUUUGA